AUGGUGGUACUACCGAUGACACAGUAUUCCAGUAUAUUGAAUGACUUUGUAGAAUCUGAAUUUUUUGUAAUCGACGGAGAUUCACUACUUGUCAGAUGCAUGUGCACCCAAGGACCAUUUCUGUCCUUCAUUUACACCGUAGAAUGUUUUUUGAAUGAUUUCAUUCAAAAAGGAGCAAGAUUUAUAAUUGUAUUCUUCAAGGAUGUAGAACAGAUGUAUUUCAGUCAACCCUAUUUACUGUUCUUACGUACUAUGCUAAUUCAACACUUGGAUCGCAAUACCGACCUUAUUCUUCAUACGGAGUUUUCCAAUUGUUUGUCACCAGAAUGGCAGAUUUUCCUCAAGGAAAGUUAUCCAUAUUUUAUGGUAAUCUCUGAUAUGGGGCUGACAUCUAUCCAGACAGACUACCUGAACAUAUUCCUCAGCCACACACUGUCAAAGAAAAUCAAUGUGGUACUUGCAUUAGGAGAGGAGUCGGACAUUCUUAGAAUUCAUGCUUAUCAUGUGCAGAGCAUGUAUGGACACAAAGUAUUUUUCACAGUGUAUGAAAAAGAUAUUCUGCGUGCUUGGGAAACUAUGCUCAAACAUUUAACAGAAUUCAAGGAUGCAGAACUAUUUCUGUACAAACACCUGAAGUUCAACGUGAGAAUGAUGCAAGAAGAGGUCUGUCAGGCCAUAUCAUUGCUUAAGGAUUUGUGGCCAGAAGGAUCAGACAUUAGGUGUGCUUUCUGUGUUCUUACCUGUGCAGUAGGACUGAAAAUUUACAAAAGCAUGUUAGAAAAAGCAAAGGUAACUGAUGAAAUAAAAAGAGAACCACUGGAACAGUGGAAUGAAAAGGACACAGGAGAAGGGUUAACAAUGGAUGAAGUAGCAGAUCUUUGUAGAAUUCAGUGCCUCAGUGUGGCUUUUCUUUGUAGUUUGCCACUUUCACAACGAGCUCAAAUUAGAAUAAUCAAAUCCUGCUGGACAGUACAAGUCUUCCCAUUUAUAAAGAUGCUACAAAGAUGUGAUUAUCUUGUUCUGAAAUAUCUGAAUGUUGCAAAUGACUGGAAAUUGGAUUUCACAUAUCUGGCAGAUUUGCGAGAUAAUUUUCUGUGGAAGAAUCUUGUAUGCUACUAUGAAUUAGAAUACUGUGCAGGCUUAAAGUUAGAACUGGGAAAAGACAUUCAAAAUUGUUAUCAAUAUCUAUGGAAUACUGCAACCACAAUAGCUGGUCUGUGUGACCUUGGAGAAGCUUUUCCAGUACGAAAUACCCCAAAACUAUUCCUUCAACAGACUGAAAUCACAGAUAAAGAAUGUACAGAUGUCCCCAGUUUUGGACUUAUUCCAAUUAAAUCUGAUAUAGUGGAAGACUAUGCUGGAACCAUUUUGGAAGAUCUAAGUUUCUUAAGCAGGUACAUAUAUUUUCAUUUUGAGUACUGGUAUCUCUGA